GGCUGCGCUAAAAAAUGAUUCAUCAGAAUGAAUUUUUUUUGGAGAUCAUUUUUUUUCUUUAAGUGCAAACGUAACAAACGCGACUACAAAAAUGAUGGAUUUUUGGAUGUUAAAUAUAUAAAUAAGAAACAUGUUCCUGUUCACACUUCAUUUCGCUCUACCAUCUAUGAUGAGCAAUCCCAAUUUGAGUCCUAUGGACAUUCCAGAAAUUAUUUCGCGUGUUGGUGACUUCCUAGAACAAGAUGAUCUCUUACGUUGUAUUCUUGUCUCCAGGACUUUCCACAAUACACUUGCCGGCUCUAAAUCCAUUUGCAAAAGGAUUGAGAUCGGAGACGCCUAUUCAAAAUGUAGAAAGUAUCCUACUGGCACAGCACUGCAGAGCUACAAAGAAAAUAUUGAGGAGCUUCUAUUUUUAUCCGAGUUUCCAAAGGAGUACAUGUCGUUACAAGGCUGUGUUCGCCUCCAAUCCGUCAAAUGUCACGGCAGGCGUUUGUUCAAUCUGAGUGAGCUUUCUAGCUUGAUCAUAUCCCACAGUUCCACAAUCACCAAAUUUGAGCUCAGUACACAGGAUAAUCCAACUUUACGAGAGAUAUGGACAGCAUUACUGGAAUGCACGCCUCUAGAAGCGUUAACCAUUUCUUAUACUAAGAUGUGUAAUGACGGGAUCGAUCUAUUCUUUCGAGUCUGCAAGAGAGUUAGGUGCUUGAAAAUGUCUCUUGUAGACAUCAAUCGACUACCCCCAACUUCUUGGACGACGGCACGGAUGAAUUCAUUUUUCCAAAUAUGACCACAUUAGAUCUUUAUCAUGUCCGGAUAUCUUCCCCUGCAGUCCUUUGACACAUCAGGCUGUAUAGAGAGAAACUAAGGAGAGUCCUUUUUAUCUCUAUGCGACUUCACACCCGCCCUACCAUGAGUACAUACCUUUGUUUUGACAGCAACUUGAGAAGGUCGAAUGGCGUAUGGAUUUUUUUUUUUUUUGAUUUUUUUUUUUUUUUUUUUUUUUUUGAUAACAA